UGGGAGCCGCAAAGCGACAGAGAAGGGCACACCACGUGGCAGUAUGGGGAAAAGAAGGGCCCGGCAGCAGCGGCAGCAGCUGAUCAGCAGCCUGAGCAAGAAGCAGAAGAAGCACCUCAAGGACUUCGGGGAGGAACACCCUUUCUAUGAUCGGGAUUCUGGGAAAGAUAAACCAACUCAAAUUUGUGAACUGUCUGACAAUUCUGAGCUAUCGAGCUCGGAAAGUGAUGUGGAGAGUGAUUCGGAACCGGUCUCAGUGUAUCACAAACUCUUGGCCACUUUGAAAACUGCCCCAGAUUCAGACAAUGAAGAAGAAGAAGAAUCAGACGACGAAAGUGUCAAGGAUGAUACAGAAGGAGGCAGUGAUGUGGUUGUGGAUGAAGCAGAAACAGAUGAUGAAGAAAAUGACAACAUUGGGCCUGUCCCAGAAACAGGUAAUGAAGCACCACCACAGAAAAACACUCAAGAGGAGUCUGGAGGCUUAACUGCUUCUAGUGACCAAAAGACUGAAGUUGCUGAAGAGUUCACAGAUAUGCAACAUGAAGCUGAGUUUAGUCUGGAAACGAAUUUCAUCGAAGACGAGAGUGGUCAUGCCAGUGCGGAUCCAGAAGGAGGUCAUUCUUCUAUACAAGUUGUGAAAGAUCCAUUUAAAUAUCACUUGGAUGAAGAACUAGAAGAGAAAGAAAUAGAUAAAGUACUUGCACGCUCAAAAAUUACCAGCCAAGUCAAGUGGCCGGCACUGGGGCAGUUGGUUUUUUCUUCCACGUUGGAAAAGUAUGGAACAAUUAAACCAGAGAAAGAAAUUGAUCUAAAACAACUUCAUCUUCAUAAGCCACUGGUCUCUACUUGGCCAAAAGUGAACAGCCUCUCCAUGCAAACGAAGUUGAAAGAUCAAUCAUUUACCCCAUUGCAAAGGGAGCUGUUCUGCAUUAUGAACUCUUACAGGGAUUUGUUCUACCCAGAGAGGACUGCUUUAAAAAAUGGAGAAGAAAUUCGACACAUUUACUGCCUGCAUGCUUUGAACCACAUCUUGAAAGCAAAUGCUCAGGUACUUGGCAAUAAUGCCAAACGACGGGACCAGAAACCUGGGAUUGAUGAUGAUGGUUUCAGGGAUCAAGGACUCACAAGGCCCAAGGUACUCAUAGUGGUGCCUUUCCGGGAAUCGGCUUUGCGUGUGGUCCACAUUUUAAUUGGCCUCCUUGAAUCUGCGAGUCAAAAGAAAAUCGACGUGAGUAACAAAAAACGCUUUAAAGGGGAGUUUGGCUCAGAUCCGGAAGAGAAGCCUCCAAACCUGAAAAGACCAGAAGAUUAUGAAGCUGUCUUUGCAGGAAACAUUGACGACCACUUCAGGAUAGGGGUUGCUGUUCUUCAGAAGGGAAUGCGGCUGUACGCACCAUUUUACUCCUCCGAUAUCAUCAUUGCAUCCCCACUUGGCCUGAGGACUGUGAUUGGAGCUGAGGGGGAGAAGAACAGAGACUUUGAUUUCCUCUCAUCAAUAGAGAUUCUCAUAAUUGACGAAGUCGACAUCUACCUAAUGCAGAAUUGGGAACAUGUUUUGCAUCUGCUGAGCCACCUAAACCUGUUGCCUUUGGAAUCUCAUGGAGUGGAUUUCUCAAGAGUGCGAAUGUUCAGCCUGAAUAACCAGACCAAGUAUUAUCGGCAGACGCUGCUUUUUGGUGCCCUGCAAGAUCCACAGAUCAACUCUAUCUUCAAUAAGCACUGCUACAAUUACAGAGGACAGGUAGCAGUGAGGAAUGCGCCAUUGACGUGCUCCAUCAGUCAUGUUGUGGUACAGCUUCCUCAUGUUUUUCGCAAGCUUGAAGCUGAAAACUCUAUCUCUGUAAUAGAUGCAAGGUUUCAUUUUUUCAUUGACAAAGUGCUACCUGAAUAUCGUGAUGCCAUCAUGUCACACACACUCAUUUAUGUCCCAUCCUACUUUGAUUACGUGCGUCUUCGGAACUACUUCAAGAAGGAGGAGUUGAAUUUCACACACGUGUGCGAAUACACAAGUAAAUCAGGCAUUUCCAGAGCAAGGCAUUUCUUCCUGAAGGGAAGCAAACAGUUUCUCAUUUUGACAGAACGUUUCCACUUUUAUAAAAGGUACUCAAUCAGAGGCAUCAGGAACCUCAUUUUUUAUGAACUACCUACCUAUCCCCAUUUCUACAGUGAGGUCUGCAAUAUGAUGAAGUUGGCAGGGAGCGGGGAAGAGUCCACCUUGACCUGUACAGUGUUAUACUCCAAAUACGAUGCCCAGAGGUUGGCUGCAGUGGUCGGUGUCGAGCGGGCAGCCCAAAUGCUGCAGUCUUCUAAAAACGUACACCUUUUUGUCACUGGAGACACAGAGUAAAAGAAGCACUAAAGUGGACUCUUUAUAGCAUUGAACCGAAUUUUGCAGUUUGCAGUUUUUCUAGAACAGGUAUUGAAAGAUGAAAGUUACUCCCACUUGAUAUCUUUUUUUUAUUUAAAAUAAUAAUUUAAAUCUUGGUCAAGAAAUAAAGUUUGAAAAAGA